GCUUUGGACUCCUGCUGCAAAGAAGUGCUGCAAGUUUAGCAGGUUUACUAUUGAGUUACUUCAUUUCAAAAGUUGGGAGUGAAAUGAGUGAACAGACAGAACCUGCGGAAAUCUCGGAGCAAAUGUUGGAUUUAGACGAGGACGAAGACCUGGAGGUUUUCAGUAAGAACACUUCCCUGGCAGAUGCAAGCUCCAUACCCCACUCUCCCAGCUCUAUGGUUAACCAGUAUAGGUUGGAGGACGAGGAGCAGCAGCAAAAUGCAAACACUAAAGACAUCUUCAUCACUGUUGACAAUCCCGAGAGCCAUAUCACUGCCAUUGAGACCUUCAUCAUGUACAGAGUUUUGACCAAGACUACACGAAGUGAGUUUGACUGCAGUGAGUACGAAGUACAUAGGCGUUACCAGGACUUCCUGUGGCUUCGAACCAGACUGGAAGAAAACUAUCCCACACUAAUUGUCCACCCUCUGCCAGAGAAGUUUAUAAUGAAAGGCAUGGUAGAGCGCUUCAACAAUGACUUUAUCGAGACCAGGAGGAAGGCUUUGCACCGCUUUCUCAACAAGAUCAGCGAGCAUCCCAUCUUGUCCUACAGCCCUCACUUCAAUAUCUUUCUCACUGCACAGGAGCUGGCAUCGCACCGGAAGCAGGGGCCAGGCUUCCUGAGCAGGAUGAGCGUGACCAUGAGGGCAGUGGCCAACUCCGUAAGAGGACUCAAGAGUAGACCAGACGAAUUUCUUCAAAUGCAAGAGUAUGUGGAGGAAUUUAGUAACAAAAUCUGCUCCGUGGACAAAGUCACCCAGAGAAUCAUCAAAGAACAGAAAGAAUACCUGGAUGAGCAGAAGCAGUACAGCCCCACCUAUUCCCAGUGGGCCGAGUCAGAAGAAGAUCUGGCAGAACCACUGAAAGGAAUUGCCAAUUGUGUGGAGAGGUGCAGCAAGGAAACAGAGGAGCAUGUCUACCACAUGUCUGAGGUCCUGGUCCCUGCCCUGCACGAGUACAUCCUCUGUACCGAGACCCUGAAGGCGGUGAUGAGAAGGAGGGACAACAUCCAGUCGGAGUUUGAGGCAAGAAACGAGGCUUUGUUGUCCAGAAAAACUGAUCAAGAUGGAGUUUGGGCUGUGUCUGCUGUGCUUGCAGCUGCAGCAGGAGGUGGAGGAGCUGGCGGAGCGGGUGGAGCAGGCCAACACCGCCCUGAGAGGAGACUGGUCCCGCUGGAGGGACGGCAUGAGAGCCGACCUCCGCUCAGCCUUCACCUCCGCCGCCCAGAGGAACGUGGAGUUCUACGAGAAGUGCCUGCCAGUCUGGGAGUCAUUCCUUCUGUCCCAAAGAGGAGAGUCCAUGGAGCAGCGAGAUGAUGGAAAUACUUCUUAACACGUUGACAUUUCUGUUUUCUUAGCUACAUGAAGCACACCCUGUGGUCUAGCCAUUAAAACCUCAACAUGUUUAAACUGCAGCAUGUUAGAAUCAAGCACACUUUCUAUUUGUCUUAGGUAAAUUGUUGUAUUCCAGUCUGCUAGUGUCCACUCAUGACCAAAGCUUAAGGCUCCUCUGCCAACACACUUCUGUUCUCAAGAGACAGUAACUGCACUAUAUGCACAUGACAUGGUAACAUUUUGAAACAUUUCUAUUUAUCUUAUGAUGAUUGAUUUGAUGUUACUUAGUACAUAUAGCUGCCACUUACUGAGGUAUCUACAGUGAAUUCCACAGCAUCAUUUAACAUGAAAACAAGAGAGCAGCGCUAAGACUGGAUGUGGGGGAUCGCUGUAGUCAAACAUCUCAGCACAGGUGCUUAUGACAAAACAUUCCUAAGAAAACUGAAUGACACUGACCGAACUGCAGACGUCUGUUCAACUGCAAGCUGUUUGGGGGAAAAAAAAAAAAAAGUACAACUAACCCUUUUGGUGCAAAAGUCAGGAGCAUCCUCUUGAGUAGUUAAAGAUUCAACAUGUAUAUAAUAUACACUAUAAUGGCAUAUGCAUUCAUGCAUAAACUACAAACAUUUUAGUUUGCUGUGCCUUUCAACCUGGACACAUUUAGUAACAUUUUGAAAAAGUACUAAUCACAAAGCUAAUCUAAAACAAACUCUACUGUUUUAUUGUCUGAACUUUCAAUAAAUAUGCCAAUGAAAUUUGUAGUUUUUUUUAUGUAUGUAUUUUCAAAAUCAACAACUAAAAAUAGAAAUGAAUGCUAAUGGUGUACACUUCAACUCUUCAAUCCAAUAAUACUUUAUUAAUCACUGAAGAGAUAUUGUAUACUGGCACACAAUGACAUUCUGUGCAUGAGACAUUUAUGAACUGUUGUUUGUCAUCAUGGUAACUAGAAAAGUCUGGAUAACAAGCAGGACUAAUUAUCCACUCUUUUUUUUCCUCCUUUUUCUGCUCAUAACAUAUCUUAAGAUGGGAAAAUUGUAGUACUUUGUACAUUUAUGCUUAAUCACUUAAGACCAUGUUUUCUUCCUCUUGAUUUUGUGUAGUACAUAAAAUGUAUGAAACAAUUCUGAAAUGUUGACCAAACACAGUAAUAAAGACGGACUUGGUGAUAAAUGUG